GUGCACACUUGUCAGGCUGGCCCACCAAGCCCCUGUGCGCAUGGGCAGUGUGUUUUGAGGUGUUGCUUAGCAACGAUCAUUCUGGGAUGAAAGAUUCUAAACCGUUGAGUUUCCCAGCUGGGAGGUGGUGGCAGCUGCUGUAAACUGUCAACUGCUGUAAACGGCAGAGCUGUAAACUGCUCUGGUUUACCUGUAGUGCUUGUGUUGGGUUUAGGAGACUCUGAAGAGCUGAGGGGGAGGUGAGGUGUGGUUGGAGCUUGUAGGCUCUGUGACGAAGAAGAUUUUUGGCUUCAGGAGUAAGAAGGGCAUUUCGCCCUUUGGCUCCUCCAUCAACCCGGUGAGAGAGAGCGGUCAUAGAAUCAACUUCCAGCCCGGGCACUGCAUCCGAAACGAGGACCUUGGAAAGAUCCACAAAGCUGCCAGUAUAGGCAAUGUAGCCAAAGUGCUGCAGGUUCUGUUGCUCGGAAAGAGUGGCCUGAACGACAGGGACAAGAUGAACAGGACUGCGCUCCACUUGGCCUGUGCCAAUGGCCGUUCAUUGGUGGUCACUCUCCUCCUGGAGAGAAAAUGCCUGCUUAGCCUCUGUGACAAUGAAAAGAGGACAGCGCUGAUGAAGGCCAUAGAAUGCCAAGAGGAGGAGUGUGCCACUCUUCUGCUGGAGCAUGGUGCUGACCCAAAUGUCACGGACGUCUGUGGCAACACCGCUCUCCGCUACGCUGUCUUUUUCCAGAAUGUAUCACUCGCAGCAAAGCUGCUUUCCUAUGACGCCGAUAUAGAAGCCAGGAACAAGGUAAGAGAAGGAAUUGGCCGUGUGAGUAAGAGAUGGAACUGGAGUGGUUGCUGCAUUAAGUCUCAGCUAUAUUCUGCUGGUGAACCACAAUUAUUUGGGAAAAUGUUUUGAAAAAAUUUACAAGCCUAGGCUGUUCCCUGAAGAUUUUGACUGAGUAAAUCGAGGAAUGCUUGGACGUGUGCAUUUAGAACUAUUCCCUUGCGAUUCUUUUUUUUUUAAUAUAUAUUUAUUUUAAUUGGAGGCUAAUUACUUUACAAUAUUGUAUUGGCUUUGCCAUACAUCAAUAUGAAUCUGCCACGGGUAUACACAUGUUCCCCAUCCUGAA